AUGUCCAUGACUAAGACAAGGAAAUCAGACCCCGGAGGAUCUUCUUACCGAGGGUAUGACUACAAGAGCACAACCAGCUGUAUUCAUGCUCCUCGAAGUACCCCUUUCUUGUCCACAGCUAGACAGCUCGUACUCAUUUGCCCAACAGUGGUCGGUAAGGUUGCUUUAACAUCCAACCGACAUAGAUUCUGCUGCAAAGGCGGUAGUUUUAGUACCUGGACCGUUGCGUUGACUGUGAGCAGAGAACUCGUGGGAAGGCUCGAUUACAUUGACCUUCGAUCCGCAAGCUAUGCAAUUGAAGAAAAAAGUGGAGUUAAGAACGAGUCAAUUACAUCGAACCUCCGAUUAGAUAGCCAGUCUCCUUACCAGGUUGGUAUGGGCGCACGCGCGUAUCCACAUCUAUUUUCAAUAGAAGAUUCUCCGGAGGCAGAAGGUCGGUCUAUCGCUUUCAGAUAUACGCUCUUCGAGAAAAUGCAAUAUCCAGUAAAAGGUAAUAGGCAGAAUCAAAAAGAGGGAUACGGCUGA